GACGAGCCCGGCGCGGGCACGAGCGGGACCCGCGGCCGCGCGCCCGCCCAACCCCAGCGCCGGCGGCAGGCGGAGGUGCAGGGAAGGCCAUGGAGGCGGCGGUGCCGGCGGAGGAGUCGCUGGUGCUGGUGGAGUACGGCUUCGAGUACCGCGCCAAGGACGGCACCUUGGUCUCCAUCAAACCCAACGAGCGCUACAUCCUCCUCAAACGCACCAACCCCCACUGGUGGCACGUCCGGCGGAGCGGGGACGCCCGGCCCUUCUACAUCCCGGCCCAGUACGUCAAGGAGCUGCCCCCCAUCGCCUCCCCAGCCCCACUCGACCCCCCGCCGUCGGGACAUGUCGCGACAGAGCCGGCCACGCUCGUCCCCCAGCACCCGCCAGCCUACGAGUAUCGGUUCGUCAGUGCCACCGAGCCGGGAGAGCCAUCGGGGGGGUGCCCGGUGUCCCGAGGGGACUCAGUGCCAAGGAGGGACUCGGUGCCAAGGAGGGACUCGGUGCCCAGGAGGGACUCACUGCCCAGGAGGGACUCGGUGCUCCAGAGGGAUUCCCCACCGUCACUCAGCUCUUUUCGGGUCCCCUCGGGGCUGACCCCCAACCCUGCCGAGCCCGUGAGACCUUCGCAUUCCCUGGAUGACCUGGCGCGGGUGACACGGGCACAACGCGGUGCCACCACCACGGGGUCUCGCGGGGACUCCCCAGGACACGCUCGCCCGCUCGGGAAGAGCCGCUCCGAGACGCUCUGCGCCCCCGGCAAGGACAGGGAUGUGGCCAGGAGGUGGCCUGGGGCCGGCCCUGCACCUCAGGCGCGCAAGGAGCCGGAGGAGCCGCCUGAUCCCAUCUACCUCAACAUCCAGGAGCUGCGGGAAGAAGCCGCCGCUGCCAGCUCGGUGCCGGAGGAGCCCGGCGGCUCCGUGUCGGACUGGGAGACACACACGGACACGGAGAGUGGACAUUUGUUUUAUUAUAACCCCGUGACGGGAGAGACCACGUGGGAUUGUCCCUUUGGGCAGGCGGCCGACGGAGUGAGUCCCGCCGCCUCUCCCGCCUCCUCGCUCGCACACAGCCCGGAGUUUCCCGAGUGGGAGCAGCACCUGGAUGAAGGAAGCGGACAGACUUUUUUCUAUAAUUCGGUAACAGGUGAGACGUCGUGGGACCCCCCCACUGCGGGAGACGCAGGCAGCCCCCAGGAUAUGUACCCUGGGGGGACGCGGUACAGCCCCACGGAGCAGAGG